AUGAAUAUUUUUUUGUUUCAGUUAUUCUUGGUAACCAUUCUUUUUAUAGAUCCCUCUGCUGCUUUCACAGAUUACCUAUUGAAAAAAUGUAAUCAAGCUGGGUUUUGUCAAAGAAAUAGACAUUAUGCCACAAAUAUACAAUCUUCGCAUAACUCGUACUAUCUUAUAGAUGAACAAUCCAUCCAUAUUGAUCUCGACAAUAAUAAUAAUAAUUCUUCCUCCUUAAGGGCUAAUAUCAUUAAGACAAUUCCAAGAAAUGAUAUUGAAGAUAUUAUGGUAGAAUUACCAUUUAAAUUGACUUUCCAAAAUGACUGGCAAAGUGUAAGGUUUACUAUCGACGAAUCGUUUGAUAGUAACACUAAUGAUGACACUGAAGCUGAAUCGCCUUUAUUAAAUAAACAUAGAUAUAAUGAAACGGGAUUGUGGUCCUUUAUGAAUCAUACAGAUUCUUUAAAUAAUACCCCUUUACAAUUUGAAAAAUUUGAAACCAUACAAUCUAAUUUGGAUAAAUUUGUGAAUUUUGUAUUCCAAACUCCAGAUUUAGAACAAAAUGUGAUUAAAGUCUAUAAUGAUAUAAAUCAAUUAGAGAUUCAUCUUUUCUUAGAUUCUUUCCAAAUUCUUAUAUUCCAAGGUGAAGACUUGAUCCUUUCCAUCAAUGAUCGGUCGUUAUUCAAUUUUGAACACCAUCGUUCAAUGGAACAAAAUUUUCAAAAUGUAUUACCAGAGGAAUCAACUUAUAAUAUGUUCGCUGAUGAUUUUGAAUACUCAAAGGGGGAUCAUGUCCCAUUCGGACCAGAAUCAAUCGCUUUAGAUUUCACCUUCAAUGGAUUUAAUUCCUUAUAUGGUAUCCCUGAACAUGCUGACUCUCUACGUUUAAGAGAUACUUCAAAUGAUGAACCAUAUAGAUUGUUCAAUGUAGAUGUAUUCCAAUAUAAUUUGGAUUCAAGAAUGCCAAUGUAUGGUGCUAUUCCCUUGUUAUUGACAUCAAACAAGGAUAAAUCGGUAGGUGUGUUUUGGAAUAAUCCGGCUGAUACUUGGGUAGAUAUACAUUAUACUGAUAAUGGGUUAUCACAAUCGCAUAUCAUGUCCGAAGCAGGAAUCAUUGAUGUGUUUGUCUUUAUUGGUGAGAAACCUUCCGACAUCACGGAUCAAUUCACUCAAUUGACUGGGAGACCAACGUUACCACUAUUGAGUUCUAUUGGGUACCAUCAAUGUCGUUGGAAUUAUAAUGAUGAACUGGACGUGUUGAAUGUUCAAGAGAAUAUGGAUAGAGAAGAUAUACCAUUUGAUUUUAUUUGGUUAGAUUUAGAAUACACUGACGACAAGAAAUAUUUCACUUGGAAACCAGACUCCUUUGGGAAUCCAGGUAGAAUGUUAAAGAAAUUAGCAAAAUAUGGUAGACAAUUGGCUGUCCUAAUAGAUCCUCAUAUAAAGACACAAUAUCACAUCAGUGAGGAAAUUAAAAGACAGGAGGCAGGUGUCCUUAACGCUGGCGGUGAUUUAUAUGUUGGUAGAUGUUGGCCGGGAGACUCCAUCUGGAUUGAUACCAUGGGCAAAAUUGGACAACGUGUAUGGGACGGAUUCUUUAAAGACUUUAUUACUGUUAAGUUACCAUCAUAUAUUGACAACUUACAUAUUUGGAAUGAUAUGAAUGAACCAUCGAUUUUUAAUGGUCCUGAGACUACAGCACCAAAGGAUUUAAUUCAUAAUGGGGGUUUCGAAGAAAGAUCUAUUCACAACGUCUACGGGUUGACCGUUCACGAAACUACAUAUGAUUCCAUGAAGGAUAUAUAUGGUAUAUCAGAUAAACGUCCAUUUAUCUUAACUAGGGCCUUCUUUGCUGGUUCUCAAAGAAGUGCUGCCACUUGGACAGGCGAUAAUAUUGCUAACUGGGAUUAUUUGAAAGCUUCUAUCCCAAUGAUCUUGUCAAACAAUAUUGUAGGAAUGCCAUUUAUUGGUGCAGAUAUUGCAGGUUUCGAUGGGAAUCCAACUCCAGAACUAAUAAUUCGUUGGUACCAAACUGGUCUUUGGUAUCCUUUUUUCAGAGCACAUGCUCAUAUUGACUCGAUCAGAAGAGAACCUUACUUGUUGGAGAAACCUGUAAGAGACAGCGUUAGAGAUUCAAUUAGAUUAAGAUACACAUUGUUACCCACAUUUUAUUCUGCAUUCCAUGAAUCUAGUAUUAAUGGUAAUGCAAUUAUGAAACCAAUGUUUUUCCAAUAUCCCGAGCAUAAUGAACUAUAUGACGUUGAUAAUCAAUUUUAUCUAGGAAACUAUGGUAUACUAGUCAAACCAAUUACAUCUCCAGAAACAUUCACUACUACUAUGACUUUCCCUAAGGGUAUAUUUUAUGAUUUGACGACACUAAAAGCACUUGUUGUAGAUCAUCUAAAGGAAGUUGAAAUUGAUGCUCCAAUCGCAAAGAUUCCUGCAUUCAUUGAAGGUGGACAUAUUUUAUUCAAGAGGGAGAUAUACAGACGUUCAUCUAAAUUGAUGGUCAACGAUCCUUAUACGUUGCUUGUUGCUCCAACUCUAGAUAACGGUUCUGCAAGUGGUAAACUUUAUGUAGAUGAUGGUGAAACAUUUUCAUAUGAAAAUGGUGAAUAUUUAGAGACCGUUGUCUCGCUACUAGCCAAAUCUAUACUGAAGAACGAUAUUGUUCAUAUUCCUGUAAAUGCCGAUUGCUUAGGCAACACAAUGAUUGAAAAGAUAGUUAUUGCUAUGGAUAGCAAUACGAUGGAUAUUGGAGAUCAUGCUACGAUUAAGAUAGGUUCCGAGACACGUAAAAUAGAAGUUGAGCAUGAUGAUGGUACAACUACUGUGAUAAUCAAGAAUCCUCAAGUACGUGUUAAUGAACAAUGGGAGAUAUCGUUUUCGAUAUAG